AAAUGGCGGCCCUUCAUCGGGUAGCAUAUCAACUUUGAACCUAACUAAUAGAGCAGGAACGAUGCAGAGGCUUUUUUAAAAAUACAUAUUUUACUUUUAAUAUCUGAAUAUUUGUUUUUUUUUUAUAUAAACGCUUAUGUGGAGUUUUCUGUAGGUUACAUCGAGAGCGAACAAUAUGAGAUGACUGUGUGAGGAGGGAACAAAGCUGCAGAGAAGUCUGACUGAAACUCACUGUAAUGAUGAUUUUAUGUUAAAUGCUUAAUUUUUAAUAAGUAUGAAGCUUUUCUGGUAAUUUAAUUGUAAUAUUAAAUACAAAUAGUGCACCCUAUCUGUAGUAAAGAGUUUUUGGAAGAGUGUACCAUUAAUAAUCGGUUAGCAUAGUUCUGGUCGUUGUGAUGGAUCUACAUUAACUCUGUCAUGGAUCAGUCAAAACCUCGGCACAGCAAAAGGCUGCGGGCUGGUACCCGUAGGCGUUACCAUGACGAUGGCAUCUCAGACGAAGAGAUCGAUGGACGGCGGAUGUUUGACCUGGAGGAGAAGGUCAGCAGCCAGAGGUUUAGCUCCGACAGAGUGCUGCGCAUGGAGGGGAAAGAUCUGACGUUCGAGUUCGUGCAGAGAGGAGGUCUGAGAGACCCCAUACUGUUUGAAAGACCUGAAGGACUCGGACUCAAGAUGCCUGAUUCAGAUUUCAGUGUGAACGACGUCAAGAUGUUUGUUGGCAGCCGGCGGAUGAUUGAUGUGAUGGACGUCAGCACUCAGAAAGGGACGGAGAUGUCAAUGGCUCAGUGGACUCGAUACUACGAGACUCCGCCCCCUCAGAGAGAGAAGCUUUAUAAUGUCAUCAGCCUGGAGUUCAGCCACACCAAGCUGGAGUCGCUGGUCAGCAGACCCACAACUGUGGACCUGAUCGACUGGGUAGACAACAUGUGGCCUCGACACCUUAAGGAGAGACAGAGAGACUCGACAAACUCCAUCACAGACAUGCAGUACCCCAAAGUCCAGAAAUACUGUCUGAUGAGUGUGGAGGGCUGUUACACAGACUUCCACAUCGACUUUGGAGGGACAUCAGUGUGGUACCACAUCCUAAGAGGGAGUAAGGUGUUCUGGCUGAUCCCUCCCUCACCUCAGAACCUGGAGCUGUACGAGAACUGGGUUCUGUCAGGGAAACAGGGAGACGUGUUCCUGGGAGAUCGAGUGUCGGACUGUCAGAGGAUAGAGCUGAAGCAGGGCUGCACCUUCAUCAUCCCCUCAGGCUGGAUCCAUGCCGUCUACACUCCUUUGGACUCCAUGGUGUUUGGAGGAAAUUUCCUGCAUAGCUUCAACAUCCCCAUGCAGCUCAACAUCUGUAACAUCGAGGACAGGACACGGGUUCCGGUGAAGUUCCGUUACCCUUUCUACUACGAGAUGUGUUGGUACGUGUUGGAGCGUUACGUGUUCAGCCUGACAAAGACCUCGUACCUCACACCUGAGUUCCAGAAACACUCGCUGGGCAUCGGUCUGAAGAAGCCGCCCGGCUCUGAUGCAGCCUCUGAGCUGGUGAAGGAGGAGGAGGAGGAGGAGGAGGAUGAAGAAGAUGAACAGCAGCAGCAGCAGCCUGAAAAUGUUCAUGUGACUCCUCUUGAACUGGAGGGAAUGUGGAACCUGCUGGGCAAACUGGAAGCUCUGCCUUCCAACAAGAAGUGUGUCCCCGCCGGAAUACACAACGCCCCUGCUCUCAUCACACACAUCAAGGCUCUCCUGAAGGAACACGCCAACGACAACCCCAAACUGUCGUACUCGGGGAAACCCAUCAUCAGAUGGCCAAAAAGACCCUCGUGGUACCAGCCUCCUCCUCCUCCCCCUCCCCCUCCCCGUCCUAAACUGGCCAACACACCGGUCGUCCCCCGCCCUCAGAAACCCGCCUCCUCCAUGUCGGUGCUAAGACGUCGCAGAGUCAGGUGUAAACGGUGUGAGGCGUGUAUGAGAACAGAGUGUGGAGAAUGUAACUUCUGUAGAGAUAUGAAGAAGUUUGGAGGACCGGGGAAACUCAAACAGACCUGUGUGCUGAGGCAGUGUCUCUCCCCCGGCCUCCCUCUGUCUGCUGUCUGCGAGAUCUGUAAGGAGCCCAACCAGGAGGAGACAGGAGACGCCUCCCUCAUCCUCAUGGAGUGUUCCAACUGUGCUCAGAUUGUUCAUCCUGCCUGUCUCACGGUUCAGGGAGAAGGAGUGGUGAACAAAGACCUGCCAAGCUGCUGGGAGUGUCCCAAAUGUGUGCAGGGCAUCACUGACCCAGAGUCUAAAGGACAUAAAGCUGACGGCCCCCCUCUGAAGCGUAAAUCUUCGUCUUUGUUGGACGCUCGGAUGGCGAAGAUUUACAGACGACAGAGACACAGCCGAGACGGAGAUGACUCUGCCAGUGAUGAUGAGGAUGAAGGCUCUCAGAGGAGGAAGAUGGCGCUCCACGCUCGAGGGGCGGUCCACUCUACCAGGAGGGGCUUCAAUGCUAACAGGAGGGGCUUGCUGAGAGGAGGCUCUGCCCACAGAGGGAGUAGAGGCGGGGUCAUGCCUGCUGGGUCCUCUGCAUUCAAACUGAAGCGAGGGGUGGGUGUGAGAGAGGCAGGGCGGAGGGGGAGGGGCGUGAGGCUGCGGGGCGGGUCCAGGAUGCAACGACGAGGAGAUGAGUCAGAUGAGUCGGACGAUGAUGAAGACGACGAUGAUGAUGAGGAGGAUGAUGAAGAGGAGGAGGAGGAGGAGGAGGACAGUGAGCAUGAAGGGAAAGAACAUCGUCAUCAUCACCGACGAAGAAGGAGAAGAGCUGAUGAUGACGAGGAGGAUGACAGCGAUGGAGGAGACUUUGACCCUGAUGAGGAUGAGCUAGACACUCUGGAAGAUGAGGAGGAUGAGGAGGAGGAGGAGGGGCGCUGGGAUUCAGACCCUGAGCCUCCAGUCCUCCUGGUGUCAGACCUGAGUGACGACCUGCUGAGCGGCUCAUACCUGACUGUGACUCUACAGCACCCCCAAAAGGCCCGCACGCACAGUGGCUCCAUCGUUCCAAAGCUGGAGGCAGCUGUGGCUCAGAGGUCAGCAGGGGGCGCUGCAGGCCAGCAGGCCUUUAUCCAGAGGAAGACUCUGUCCAAACCCUCCCGACCCAAGAGCUGUGACAUCACUGAGAGCGCCACACCUCGAGGACCGGGCAGGCCUCGUCUGCGGGGUAACCAUGGCACCAGAGGCGCCAGAGACGGCUCGGGGUCUUCAUCAGAGGAAGAGGACGGUCCCCGCCCCUCCUCCUCCCUGUCUCCCCCCUCCCUGCUGUCGCUCCCCUCCUUCAAAGACGUAGGAAACGAGGUGGGAGGAGAGAAGGAAGUGUGGGUGUCAGUGUUCAGGUUCCUGGACAGAGCCGAGCUGCUGAACUGUAUGACUGUGUGCAAGGCCUGGUACAAGUGGAGCUGUGAUAAGCGUCUGUGGUCUCAUGUGGAUGUCAGUCGGUGUAGUCCUCUCUCUAAUCAGUCUCUGGCUGGAAUCAUCAAACGUCAGCCGUCCUCUCUAGACCUGUCCUGGACCCCGCUAGCCAAGAGACAGCUCACCUGUCUGCUCAGUAGGCUGCCAGGUCUGAGGGAGCUGAGGGUUACCGGUCUGUCCUGGUCCUGUUUGUCUGCGCUGGCGUCUCCCUCUCUUCCCUGUCUUCGUCUGCUCGACCUGCGUUGGUGUGAAGGAAUCAGAGACGCUCAGAUCAAAGAGAUCAUCAUCCCCCCAGACUCCGAGUCAACCCGCAGCAGGCUGAGGAACAUGGGGACUCUGCAUUUGUCAGGUCUGGAGGUGAGCGACUCGUCCCUCAGGUUGCUGCAGAGACACAUGCCUCAGCUGCAGAGACUCGACCUGUCUCACUGUAAGGACAUCAGUGACUCGUCAAUCGCUCUGCUCACUGCUGCAGGGACACACACCAGACACAACCUGACCGAACUCUACCUAGCAGGCUGCAGUGAGCUGACAGACACUUGUCUGUCUUACCUUAAGCGUCUGUCCUGUCUGUCUUUGUUGGACCUGCGUGGAUGUUCAGGUGUGAGCAGAAGAGCGUGUGACGCCUUCAUCUCUGAUCUGUCCCAUGUCGCCCACUACUGCAUGAUGGAGGAGAAGCUAAUCCAGCGCAUGGACUGAUGCACACAAAUACACACUGAGACUUUGAACAGAGAGCUAGGCUACAAACAUGAACAUUGCAGUGUUUUUUUUCUCUUCCUGUUUUCACUGAUGAUCAGACUGUGUUUGAUGGUUUCUCUUGUUUUGUACAUUCGUUUUCAAUCACUGUGAAAUAAAUAAAGUGAAUUGUUUCAUUGUUGAA